GUUGGGUUGGAGGGACCGAUCGGAGGACUAUGGUCCAUUGAGAAAGACCUAAAUUUUUAAUGUGUGAAACAGAGUCGACUCCAAAUUACGCUCUUGUCAGGAAUAAAUCUACUCUUCAGCGAAAUGAGGCGUGUCGGUUGUCUGCCUGGCGAAUGUGGGGGCAACACGCAAGCUUCAUUCUCUGCCGACGCCGGAAUAACAUGGUUCCGAAGUUUCGUUUUGUAAAUCCAAUCCAACGGCGAAUAUUCUACACACGAAGUCGGCCCCUCGCACGUGCCAGUUCAUAAAUGCUGACCCACGCCUAGCCCACGCACUUCCCACGAAAUCUGCUUCUGCAAUUCCCCCCACCCCUCCUACGAGCCCAUAUUCUAGAGAGAGAGAUCUUGCGGAGAAAUAUCACUGUUUGAGAGAACAAAUCAAUUGGAAAAGUAUAAUGCCGGCAGCGCAGAUCUGCUUCGGAAGGUCUGUCAGCUUAUUUUUCUCAGGAACAUGAAUCGGAAAUCUUAUGAACCCUGCAAGAUUUUAAGUGCAGUGCUUUGAGUGAAUUCAGAGCUCAGAAGUUGGCAAUAUAUUUAAGAAUGGCAGAUGGAAUAUCCAGUUUCUGGGGGCCUGUCACUUCUACCACUGAGUGGUGUGAGAAGAAUUAUGCACACUCUUCUUACAUUGCUGAGUUUUUUAACACCAUAUCAAAUAUCCCUGGAAUUCUCUUGGCACUCAUUGGCCUUAUAAAUGCCUUGAGACAACGGUUUGAGAAAAGAUUUAGUGUUCUUCAUAUAUCUAAUAUGAUACUUGCCAUUGGAAGCAUGCUGUUCCAUGCCACUUUGCAACAUGUGCAACAACAAAGUGAUGAGACACCAAUGGUAUGGGAAAUGCUCCUAUAUUUCUACAUAUUGUACUCACCAGAUUGGCACUACCGGAGUACAAUGCCCACUUUCUUGUUCCUCUAUGGUGCUGUAUUUGCUAUUGUCCACUCACUCGUUCGUUUUGGGAUUGCCUUCAAGGUACAUUAUGUGAUACUUUGUCUUCUUUGCACCCCUCGGAUGUACAAGUACUACAUCCACACGGAAGACUUGUCUGCAAAGCGGCUUGCAAAGUUAUAUUUGAUAACCAUAUCUUUGGGGAGUUUUUGCUGGCUUUUUGAUCGUUUGUUUUGUGAAGAAGUUUCUCAUGGGUAUUUCAACCCCCAGGGUCAUGCUUUAUGGCAUGUCCUUAUGGGUUUCAAUUCUUACUAUGCGAACACAUUCUUAAUGUUUUGUCGUGCUCAGCAAUUGGGACAGAAUCCAAAAGUUGUCCACUUCAUGGGGGUUUUCCCAUACGUGAAGAUUCAGAAACCAAAGACUCAGUAAUAGAACCCCUUGCAGGAGGACAUAAAAACUCUUCUCUUCCCAUCUUGCAUGUGAGAGCGAGCAGCCAAAAUUCUUUUAUCUUUUUGAAACAUUCUUCCGUUGGAAAGUGUUUGUAAAUGAUGACUAGAUGCUAGUCAUAUUUAUAUUGUAAAUUUAGUUUCAGGUCACGUUGUGCCAUAAGGAAAUGUUUCUGUUGGUAGUCGCUGUCGGUGAGAGUUUAAUUUUUAUGUUUUCUUGAAGCAAUUUUGCUCUCUAAUGUGGCAGACAAUAGGUGAACUAGUCUGCCAAACAGGACAAUCUAAAUUUGCCAAAGUGCAGGGUCUUCUAUGGCAACUAUAUAUAGAUCGGAGAACUUUUAAGUAGACUGGGGGUUUUCCCCCCUUUUGGUCAA